UCCAGCACCAUGGUGAAUCUUUCAAUCAGCGUACCUAGACCCGUUGUGAAAUUUACAGCUUCCAGCCCGCAAUUGCCUCCCCCGAUCUAUGCGUCCCUCCCUCCUUCCAAAGCCCAAAUCCAUGGAUCGAAAAUUGGCAAGCACCGAUGACGUAGGUGCAACAGCUUCCACUCCACUCUUUGCAGGCGGGGUUCCUGCACUCUGCCACCUCUCUCCAUCCCGGACAAGCGAUACUUGAUUUCCAUUCUACAACUACUGCCUCUUAGCUCAAACCCUUGUUCCAACAGUUUGCUACUACUUCUUUUCCUGCGAUUGACACUCCUUUAUCAAGUGGAUACACACCCUCUCCAACCGACGCCAUGGAGAAAGUCAAGGAGAAGCUCAACAUAGGCCGCCACAAAGACAAGAGCAAGCAUGGCCAUCCUCUGACGGGCGAUGACAAAGCUGCUGCCCUUGCACACCACGAUGUCGAGCACGAUAUAUACCGCCGCUCAUCCACCGACUCCGAACUCGAAGGCCUCUCGCCCGAGGAGCGCAACACAUACCUGCAAGAAUACGAGCAAGCCGAGCGCGAGGGCUAUACGAAAAAAGGCGGGUUUCUGGAGAAGCUGAUUGCGAGGGGGAACAAGAAGACGGAGGAUGAGAUUGCGGCGGAUGCGGCGAGGGCAGAGGCUGCGAGGACGGCGAACCCAGCGCACGGGUUUGUGCGAUAGAUGAGGAAAUGAAUUGAUGUAACGGCCUGAGACUGUCAAAUACGUUGGGGGGGAAAAGCAGGAGUACGCUCACGACAUGGGCGAUGUAUGAAUUCGGGCAAUGAUGCUGGAAGGUUGGACACAAGCGCGCACAUCUCGAGGAGGAGUGUACGACCAAAUGGAGGAUACACGCAAGUGGUGCGAGGGAUACACGGAAGCCUACAUCUGACCCUUCUCAAUCGAAACAUCCUUCUGAUAUCCAUUUAACCAUCCAGCCGUGCGAAAGAC